GUAGGCGAUCUGCAACCCUUAUCAUCUUGAUUCUGUACUCUAGUCUUUUCAAUGUGAACGUCAAGCUGCAAGACCACCACAAAGUCCCAAACUCUCACCAUAACUGAUUCACAUACAUGGAGGCUUCAGUUUCUUGGGCUGUUUUGACCCUGUCAUGGCUAUUCCUUCUGGCCCUUGUAUCAAAAAUCUUCUUUUCCCAACUACGCAAACUGAAUCUGAAAUUUCCACCCGGUCCAAAACCCUGGCCUAUUGUUGGUAACCUCAACCUCAUCAAUGGUCCUCUCCCUCAUCAAUCCCUUCACAAACUAUCCCAAACUUAUGGCCCUAUAAUGCAGCUCAAGUUUGGCUCCUACCCAGUCGUAGUUGCUUCCACUGCAGAAAUGGCAAAACAGUUUCUGAAAACACAUGAUCAUGUCUUUGCCUCUAGACCACGAACUGCAGCAGGCAAGUAUAUCACUUAUAACUACCUCAACAUCACUUGGUCGCCUCACGGUCCAUAUUGGCGCCAAGGCCGCAAGAUCUUCCUCUCUGAGCUAUUCAGCUCGAAAAGGCUAGAGUCCUUUGCGUACAUCCGUGUUGAGGAAAUUCGCUCUUUUAUCUCACGACUGUGUGCCUUGCCGGAAAAGCCAGUUAUGCUGAAAGAGCAUCUGUCACGCCUGACUCUAAGCGUUAUGACUAGAUGUGUGAUGGGGAAGGAGUACUUUAGGGAGCCUGAGUUUCAGCGUUCGGUGAUGAGGAUCGAAGAAUUUCAGGAGAUGUUAGAUGAAGUGUUCUUGCUCAAUGGGGUUUUCAAUAUCGGGGACUGGAUACCGUGGCUCGAUUUUUUGGACUUGCAAGGGUACGUAAAGCGAAUGAAGGCCUUGACGAAAAAAUCGGAGCCAUUUUAUGAUUAUGUGCUUGAUGAACACAAGGCAAAGAGUGAAGGAGUGAAGGAUUAUGUAGCCAAAGACAUGGUGGAUUUACUGUUGCAGCUUGUUGAUGAUCCUGAUCUCGAAGUUAAGCUCACCAAUGACAGUGUCAAGGCAUUCAUCCAGGACUUAAUUGCAGGAGGGACUGAUACCUCUGCAACAACUUUGGAGUGGGCAAUGUCUGAACUCAUAAAACAACCACACCUCAUUAGAAAGGCAACCGAAGAGCUUGACAGAGUAAUUGGGAGAGAGAGAUGGGUGGAAGAGAAAGACAUUCCACAACUUCCUUAUGUUGACGCAAUCAUGAAAGAGACAAUGAGGAAACACCCUGUGGUUGUUUUGCUUCCGCCACAUUUGGCUCUUCAAGAUUGCAAUGUGGCUGGUUUCGAUAUUCUUAAGGGGACAAGAGUGUUCAUAAACACAUGGAGCAUAGGAAGAGACCCCUCAGUGUGGGAUGCACCAGAAGAGUUCAAUCCGGAGAGGUUUCUGGGAAACAAGGCAAUCGAUGUGAAGGGACAAAGUUUUGAAUUGUUACCAUUUGGUUCGGGAAGGAGAAUGUGCCCUGGUUAUAGCCUUGGCCUGAAAAUGAUUGGGUCUUGCUUGGCCAACAUGUUACAUGGAUUCAACUGGAAAUUACCUGAGAAUAUGAAGCCAGAGGAUUUGAGCAUGGAUGAAGUUUAUGGAUUGGCAACACUAAGGAAGUUUCCACUUGUUGCAGUUGUGGAGCCUAGGCUCCCAAUCCAUCUUUAUUAACUGCCUUUGAAGUUUGAAUGUGAUCAUCUUCUUGCUGAAACGAAAUUAAGAACUAUAUGGGUGUCUAUCAAAGUUUAUAAUGAAUAAAUAAUGAGAGUUUCUAUUCAUACCUC